AACAAAUGUUUUAUUUAGAAACAUGCUUAAAUGAUUGUAUGCUACAGUUGCUACCUGAGCUCUUGGCUAUUAUACUCUGUACUUUUAGGUAUUUAAAAAAAAGUAAACGAAUAAUUCGCACAGUUUAGGGUAGUACAACAUUUGUCAGUUAACGAACUAAGUAAAUACAAAAACCAGGAUGGGAUCUGUCACUGAGUGACUGUCUUUAACCGUCUUAUUUGGUCGUGUAAUGUUUUAAUUUACCCUCAACUGGCAUAAGGAGUCCUUUUAGGGUAUAUUAUGUUUCAAUUUAUGUAAAUACCUAAACAUAAAGACUAUUGGGUACAUAUAACUGUAACAUUUACAUAUCGUCAGUCCUUUGAAAAAAUCUCGUACAUCACUUUCCUACUCAAAGUUAAAACGCAGUAACUCCAUACGCAGUCCAUACAUAGUUACUACAUUAAAUUUGUCAUUAAAUUGACACAAGAAGAUAAAAGAUUUUUUUGAAAGUUAUGACGAUAUAACAUUUUGCAUAUCAAAAAUUUAGGCAGGUUGAUUAUUACAUUGAUAAAAGAUUUUUUUGAAAGUUAUGACGAUAUAACAUUUUACAUAUCAAAAAUUUAGGCAGGUUGAUAAUUUACAUUGGUUUCUUCAGAAAAACAAAAUGAAUACAACCAUAUCAUCAUUCAUCAGUCAACACUUGCAAAAAAUAUCACCAAUUUGUAUUUUUACUGAGGAUGUUAUGUUAUUCCCAAUUGAUCACAGUACUUACUAAUCUUUACUUCAUUAUCAAGAAUGAUUUUAAAACACCUUCUUGCUAAAUGGAAAAUGUAUGUGAUGAAUACAAUUUUCAUAUUACGUCUUUAGAAACUUGAGAAGUUUUUCACCAGGUGUGGCCAUAAACUGUAAUAUUCUUCUGGACUGGAAGCUAAAAUACACAUAGUAGACAUACAUGAAGCCGAAUUAAAGCCGAUUAACCGGUCUUUUCUUCUACACUUAUAGUCACCGUGGCUACAACUUAAAGGCUUCUCUUCUCCAUAAGUCAACAGGUGCCUCCGUAAAUCGGAAUUUCUUUUACACCUGUAGUCACAUUGGAUACGAUCUCGUCAGUAUGAAUCAUCAGGUGAGUCUGUAAAUUUCGUUUUCGUCUACAUUUGUAGUCACAUUGGCUACAGCAAGAAAAGGCUUCUCGUCAGUAUGAAUAAUCAGGUGAGUCUGUAAAUCUUGUUUUCGUCUACAUCUGUAGUUACAUUGGCUACAACUGAAAGGCUUCUCGUCAGAGUGAGUCAUCAGAUGACUCUGUAAAUGUACUUUUUGUCUACACUUGUAGUCACAGUGGCUACAGCUAAAAGGCUUCUCUUCUCUGUGAGUCAACAGGUGCUUCUGUAAAUCUAUUUUUCGUCUACACUUGUAGUCACAUUGGCUACAACUAAAAGGCUUCUUGUUAGUGUGAAUCAUCAGAUGAGAAUUGAAAUUGGCUUUGCUUUUACAACGAAACGCUUUUCGUCAGUGUGAGUCAACAGAUGAGUCUGCAAAUGUACUUUUUGUCUACACUUGUAGUCACAGUGGCUACAACUGAAAGGCUUCUCUUCUCCGUGAGUCAACAGGUGCCUCUGUAAACUUGCUUUUAUUUUACACUUGAAGUUACAUUGGCUACAGCUAAAAGGCUUCUCGUCUGUGUGAGUCGUCAUGUGAGUCUGUAAAUUUACUUUUUGUCUACACUUGUAGUCACAUUGGCUACAACUAAAAGGCUUCUUGUUAGUAUGAAUCAUCAGAUGAGAAUUGAAAUUGGCUUUUCUUUUACACUUAAAGUCACAGUGGCUACAAAUGAAACGCUUUUCGUCAGUGUGAGUCAACAUGUGAGUCUGUAAAUUGUCUUUUCGUCUGCACUUGUAGUCACAUCGGCUACAACUAAAAGGCUUCUUAUCUGUGUGAGUCAUCAGAUGAGUCUGCAAAUGUACUUUUUGUCUACACUUGUAGUCACAGUGGCUACAACUGAAAGGCUUCUCUUCUCCGUGAGUCAACAGGUGCCUCUGUAAACUUGCUUUUAUUCUACACUUGAAGUCACAUUGGCUACAGCUAAAAGGCUUCUCGUCUGUGUGAGUUGUCAGGUGAGUCUGUAAAUUUUCUUUUCGUCUGCACUUGUAGUCACAUCGGCUACAACUAAAAGGCUUCUUAUCUGUGUGAGUCAUCAGAUGAGUCUGCAAAUAUACUUUUUGUCUACACUUGUAGUCACAGUGGCUACAACUGAAAGGCUUCUCUUCUCCGUGAGUCAACAGGUGCCUCUGUAAACUUGCUUUUAUUCUACACUUGAAGUCACAUUGGCUACAGCUAAAAGGCUUCUCGUCUGUGUGAGUUGUCAGGUGAGUCUGUAAAUUUUCUUUUCGUCUGCACUUGUAGUCACAUCGGCUACAACUAAAAGGCUUCUUAUCUGUGUGAGUCAUCAGAUGAGUCUGCAAAUGUACUUUUUGUCUACAUUUGUAGUCACAUUGGCUACAACUAAACGGCUUCUCUUCAGUGUGGGUCGUCAGGUGCCUCUGAAAAUUUGAUUUAUUGUUACACUUGUAGUCACAGUGACUACACCAGAAAUGUUUAUUAUCUGUGCGACUUCUGAGAUUAGUCUGUAAAUCUGUGUGUGUUGCCAUGCAAGACUGACCAGACAGUUUUUUGUCGUUGUGUAAUGUUCGAUGUUGUUUCAAACCAUAAUCUCGUGCAGUUGAAUUAUGUAAAUGUGAGUGAGUAUAUACGUGUUUCUUUAAGACCGACUUGUUCCUGAACAGUUUGCCGCAAUGGUGACACUCAUAGACAGUGGCGUCCACCAGCAGGCGCUCCAGCCUGACCGAGCACGAGCGGCGCACACCCGACCCCGCAGCCGGGGAGACGAGUGCGGACGCUGCGACACGAUAAGAAAGGGCGGCCGGGGCGACUACAGGGCGGUGCGGGCGCUCCGGCCCCAGCACGAGCUCGUCCUUCACCUCGUGCUUGACAUACAAGUCAGCCAGCACGGCUGCCUCGCUCACGCCGCACCCGGCUGUGCUGUCCGACCACUCCUCCUUCACACGCUCCUCUUCAUCCAGGGAUACAGCUUCUUCCUUCACAAGGGCUGA